AUGAAAAGGGCAGCUGCUACUGAUUGUGAAGCUGGCGAUGCGGAAAGGACCUUCGGACACGGCAACGACAUCAUUCCUGUCGAUAUCGUUGAUUCGACGGAACCGCAGCUUGCACAUUCGUUGGAAACGCCCAAGGUAGCUGACGAUGCGGAUACGCCGACGCCAGCACUCGAUGAAGAUACCACAAUUCGGUAUUCCUUCAGGGUGAGCGUUCACAAGUCUGACCUCUCGCAUAGGUACGAUCAGUCGCGGUCAGCGCCAGAGGUCACAGGAUUAAAUCGGAGCUGGGAUUGCUCCUUUUUUCAAGGGGCGCAAAUAUCGUUUACCGGAAGUAACUACGGAUUGUGGACGCUGCGGGAUAUUUCUGGCAAGUGCCAACGAUGGGAUGUACUCUUUUUCAGCUACAAUCUCGGCGGUCCUUUGAUAGCUGGACGCAUUUUCAGUAUGGCUAGUAUGUUAUUGGGUUUGUCACUCUUGACUACAAUGGCGCAAGCUCUGCAAUUUUAUGCGGUCAGCUGGGGAAUCGGGAUCAUUUUGCUUCUACUGUCACUCGUGAGUAUUUUUACAACCAGUAUUUACAAUGUCUGGGCGGUCUUUUGGCUUUUCACAUACAUUAUUUUCAUUCUAGCGGCGCGAGCAUUGUUCAUCCAUCCGAUCCAACGCAGGAUUUCACAACGCGGAUGCAAGAUUGUGGCUGGUUUGUUUGCUCUGUGCAGCGUCUGUACGAUGCUCACACUCAUCGUUUUAAAAAGUGAUUUCUGCACCUGUGACAACAUUACGUCGGAAGCGCUCAAAGGCCGCAGCCCUGGCGACAAUGCCUGCGACAAGGAGUGCGAGAUCGGCUCGGCCGGAAUUCUGAUGAUUCUGGCCGCCUUUGUUUGGGCCGCCACGGCAGUUGCCGUUUUGCGGUACGGCGUCCAACCCGACGAUUUGGAGAGCAUUAUUGAACGGACCACCGACCAUACCAUAUAUGGAUAUUAUCCAAGAAACUCCAUUACAUCCCGUCUGUUCGGUUAUCAAACUACUUUCACGGGUACGGUCGCUAAAGCGAGUGCUCCGCUUGUCAAAAUGGCGACUCGACGAUCGCCGGGUCCUAGCAAGGGCGAAGGGUCCGCGCGCGAUGAGGCUACCGCACAAGAGGUGGCGGGUGAAGGAGAUGACGCAAUUGAGUUGAUGGAAGCAUCCAAACGAAUGCUCAUCAAAAAAGAGAAUGAAGAGAUCGAGGACAAACGAGGGUACUGUAAGAGAGGUUGCUGCGAUUAUAGGGUCCGCGAUCGCACUCGCAGGGAACGUUGGGCGUUUUGGACUUUCCGAGUGGUCCUUGGCUUUCUGAUUGGAAUCUACGUUUUCUUAGUAGCCAUCAUGGUUGGUUCUCGAGGUGAAAGUACCACAGCCGCUAAGGCUCCCGACACAAGCUUCAAUUUUAUCACGGACAUCGUCUGUGCUUUUGAUCCUCUCGACUUGAGCCAGCCCUUCCAAACUUUCCCAAAUAAGGCCGAUGCCAAUUCGGCCGGGUACCAAGUCGCACACUGCGGGGCCUGCGCAUUUUGCUCCAACCCUGCAGAUAUAGAAACCUACGUUGAAACCCGCAAGACCAUUGCCAAACAAGCCAAGAAGUGUGGGAAGAUCUCAAUGCUGGGAAGUUAUGAGGAGUUGGUGGCGUGCCUUGAUGACAAAAUUGGAUUCACAGAAGAUUGUACCAAAUGCUGGGCAGACAAUAUGAUCAGUACUGGCAAGCAGUGCCUUUUUACUUGCAUGGUUACUAUGUUUACGGGCUUCAUGAGUAACAAUAAUGUACCAGGAGCUGGUGACCAAGGCUGGCUCAAUCAAUGUCUCUUCUGCGACGAGAAACUGAGCGGCCCAGCUUUUGUGACGUGCUCAGGGGUCGCGAGACGUCGACUCGGUAUCGUUAGCGAAAUUGAACGCAAUCCAGACGAACAAUGCCAACAGACGGACGUUGACUGGGUCAGCGUGGAUUUCGAUACCCUUUUCGGAGACUACGGACUUGUGCCAUGA